AUGGAACAACCAUCAAAGAGAAGGAAUAUGAUCGCUUGCCUCCAUCAUAACCCAAGAACACGAUUCAGAAGGGGUAUAACUGGAAAGUUGAAGGUCGGUAGAUGGUUAAAGAGUUUUAGAGGUAGGGGCAUAAUUGGGAAGUUGAAGGUAACGAAAGAGGAAUUGACAACAAAAGACGAAGUAGACGGAUUCCGGAAGCACGUGACGGGUUUGGCUGCUUUAGACUUCUUCGUGUGCUUGGAAUCCGAUAUUUUUUGUAAUGACACAUGGAGGGAAUUUUGUGAAAUUAAUAAUUGGUGCAAGAAGGUAGAUGUCAAAAGAAAUCGGAGGUGUCUUUUAUGGAAUUCCAAUCUUGGACCUUACACGGGAACAAAUUCAUUUCUGAAAUAAGUUCUCAUCUCUAGGAUUUCAUGUAUGUAAGUUUUUAGUUAUGGAAACUUAGUUAUCCAAUUUGCUUUAGG